UUGAACAUUGUUACUAAUUGACUAAGUACCGCUGUGUCAUCAGCCCAUGCUUUCAUUAGCUUCUCACUUGCCGCGUCUCCUCCCAUGCAUCUUUCUCUGUUUUUCUUUACAUGCUUGAUUUGCUAACAUCUACGUGCGUACACUAUAUAUACACAUAUGCUAUGCUAUGCUAUGCUAUGCAUGUCCCUUGACAUACACUUGCAUUGUAGUAUCCCAAGUGCUUUUCGAAGCUCUAUAAUAGCCAUUUGCUUUUAGCUUUCCUUGACAGUGUUUUUGCAGAGAGAGAGAGAGAGAGAGAGAGUAAUGGCAUCAGGACAGGACCGAGCCAAACUCGACGCUAGGGCGAAGCAGGGAGAGACUGUUGUUCCUGGUGGCACUGGUGGCAAGAGCCUCGAAGCUCAACAACAUCUUGCUGAAGGGAGGAGCCGAGGAGGGCAGACUAGGAAGGAGCAACUAGGAACAGAAGGGUAUCAGGAACUGGGACACCGAGGAGGGCAGACGAGGAAAGAGCAACUUGGAACAGAAGGGUAUCAAGAGAUGGGUCGGAAAGGAGGGCUGAGCACCACCGAGAAGUCCGGUGGAGAGAGAGCAGAAGAGGAAGGGAUCGAGAUUGACGAGUCCAAGUUCAGAACAACAAAUCCAUAGAUGCUGUAUUCUCUAGUAGUUUUUGUAGUUUGUUAUCUCUACAUGUCCUCGUAUCUUAAGAGCCAUAUGUGGUGGCACUAGUUUGUUUCUAGUAAUAAUAGACUUACUAAAUAUUCAGAUAAAUAUUCUCAAUCUAAAUUCAUGAUCCUGUUGUUCUCUGGAUAGA